GUUCGUUUUGCUGACCUAGAUCAAAAGCAGAUUCAGCUCAAUCUCGAUUUGGAGUUGGCCAAGACGAACUUGCAGAAGGCCAAGGAUGAAGCCGUUCGUAUGAAAAAUUUGUCGACUAAUUUGUUUCUGAACCGAGUGUUAUUUCCUUUCUCUGAACCAAGUGCUAUUUCUUUCAGAAACAAUGAACCAGGCUCUGGCGAAGAAGGAUCUGGACCUUGCAGCUGCGCGGAAGGCAGCAGAAGAGAAAACCGCACUCGCUGAGCAGAAGCUUGCUUUAGUCGGUAAACUGGAGGAAGAGAACACCAAGCUGAAGACUGCCCUGGAUGAAGCCAACAAGGAAGCGACUCGUCUGAAGAAGGACAAGAGGGCCCUGACCGACAAGAUAGAAGACAUCGCCCGCAAGAGAGAUGAACUAGAGAAUUAUCUGGGAGGACUUGCCAAGAAGUUAUUCGUUAUGCUUGAAGAAUUUUGCCAGAAUUUCGAGGAAGAGACUGGGCGAAUUGGGACAAGCUUGGACCCCAUCCUCUCUCCUGUUAAGGACGAAGCUGCCAUGAACGUGCUCCAACUGGAAUCUCGUGUCGCUGGUGUUGUCGACUACCUUGCUCGUCUGAAAGUUUUGGUGUCGCGAAUCGACACAUCACUCUGGCCAAGGGCGACGCUCCAAAAUGACCUCGAGUCUCUGAUGGCUCGACUCAAUGAAGUCCCUGGUCGAGUGCAGGAAUGGAAGAAGUCUUCAGCUUGAUGCGGUGCUGACGUGGCUCUGUCUCUGGUUCGUGUCCACUGCAAGGAAGCUCGAGAAGAGAAACUAGCGGCGAUCAAGGUUGCCAAUACCAAAAGGCUUGAAUUCCAAUCUUUCAUGGAAACCUUCAUUGCUGCUGCCACUCGGAUUGCUGACGGAAUUGACCUGGAUGAGUUCAUCGAGCCUGCUAGCCCUCCUCUUGCGGAGUGAACAAACUUUAUGCCUCGCCUUAAAUUUGCCUCGGAAUGCCGAGUGAUUUUGUAACCGUUGAAUUCCUUCGGGCUUGAUGCCCGAGUACUUUAAUCCGUGGUCUGGAACCUCGUGGGAUUUAUCUUAAGCUUACCCUUUCUUUAAAUAUGCUUGUGUUUGCUAUCGAGUGAGACUUAUUUCUGCACUCAGAA